AUGGAUCAAAGAGAACUUACUUCGCGGGUCUCAGCCCUUCAAAAGGCGAUUAAUGACAAAGAGCCGGCAGCGAAUGUUAUUACUAUUAUGGAGACUCUGAAGAGAGAUGUGAAUGCUACUGAAGAACUUCUUAGGGCUACCAAGGCAGGUAUGGUAGUAGCCAAACAACGAGGAAACGCGAACAAAGAUAUUGCCAAGCUUGCCACUGAAAUUGUCACCAAGUGGAAAAAAACCGUCGAAGCCGAAAAAGAAAAGCGCAAAGCAAAACUUAUGACAGCAUCCGGAUCUUCCCCCGCAGUUCGCAGUCACAGCACUUCCUCCCCCGCACCCGCGCUCAGCGCCCCGGUCACCAAAGCCUUCAAGGGAGAUUCCUCGAAGCGAAGAUGGGAAACUGAUAAAGUCGAUACCAAGCGUACGGGUCUCCCGACUCGCGAUGCUUGUAUUGGUUUGAUGUAUAAUGGCCUUGCUUUCAAAUGCGAAGAAUCUCCUACUCAGGUUAUUAUUAAAGCGAUGGCUGUCGAGCAGGCGGCAUUCGAUCAUUUUAGAGGAGAGACGAAGGAAUAUAAAGACAAGCUUCGUUCCCUCUUUCAAAAUCUCAAGCAAGCAUCCAAUACACAGUUGCGCAAAAGAGUCAUGGCUGGAGAUAUUGAACCAGCUCGCUUCGUGGUCAUGACGCACGAGGAACUUAAAUCAGAGGAGAUGAAGAAGAAAGACGAUGCGUUGGAGUUGGAGAAUAUGAAGAAAGCUCAGGUACCAAUGGCUGAGAAGAGUAUCAGUGAUGCUUUAACGUGUGGAAAGUGUCAGCAAAAGAAAGUCAGUUAUUCGCAAGCACAGACUCGCAGUGCUGAUGAACCUAUGACGACUUUUUGCGAGUGUCAAGUUUGCGGUCAUCGUUGGAAGUUCUCGUGA